AUGUAAAUUUAUAAACCCUCUCUCUCAAUCUCAGGAGUCAGACAACAACCUACUCAAUAUUAUCACAGGAUACAAUCAGCCAAUACCAUUCAGAGCAACAGAACCAUUCCAUAACAAACCAUUUCAUCCAAUCGCAGCCAAACCAGAAUCACAACUGCAAAACCCAUUAGAUCAUUUGUCAUCAACAAAACCAUCAAAUCCAAACCUGUCGAGGAUGAAGAUUUCGAUGAAAUCAUUAAAACCUCUCAUGAUCAAGCUCUGUUUAAGUUCAAACAUAAAUGCAAUGCACCUUAACAUUUAAGAAUGGAAUAGAUCUACAGAUUCAUUUAUGAUAAAAAGACCAGCAAUAAACAAAAAUACUCUAUGCAAAGCAAAAUUAAUUAGUAAGCCUUGCCUGUGGCCAGUGGCUCAAUUAGUAUUAUGUUAAAUGUUGCAAGAAAGGAUUAUGGCUUCAAUCUAUAAUCAUUUAAAAAAAAGAUAGCCCCAAAAUCCAAAUUUAAAAUGAAAUGGAAAACCAUUUAAUGGUUAUUAAAGAACAGGAAAGAUGCCAUUAGAUAAAUCUUUUAAAAUUAUUAAUCCAUUGUAAAAUAAGCAAAGGAUUUUCCUGAAGGAUUGAAUAGAGAAUAAUUUUAAGGAUUGCUUAUUUCCUUUGGACUGGGAGCAGACAAGAAUCUGGCAGAGAAAUUAUUUUAUGUUUUCGACGAGGAUUCAAGUGGUACUGUUGAUUAUAAAGAACUUAUAGUAGGAUUGGAAGUGUUGAAGGAUGAUACAAUUGAUGAGAAAUUAAAAAUCUUCUUUGACUUAUGCGAUGAGGAUGGCUCAGGUAAGGUGAGUGAAAAGGAGAUCUUUAACAUUUUGAAACAAAACAUCAUCAAUGAAAAUGACAAGUAUCAGCUUAAAAUGGUCAUCAGAGAGAUGAUCAAACAAGUUGAUUAAGAUGGGGAUGGAGAAUUAAAUAAAGAAGAAAUCUUAUAGGCAGCCAGCAAAAAUCCCAUUCUUCGGAGAUUGCUUGAAUAAACCAUCUCUAAUGUGAGGAGGAUAGAUGCAAUCAUAUAAAAUGAUUUAGAAGAACCAUUUCAUCAAUUUGUACCUUCUUCGGCUAAUUUCAUCUCCUAGAAGGAAGGCAUACACUUUGCCACUCAAUAAAAGUUAAUUGAUGCUCUUGAAGAAAUCGACAAGAUCCAUGAAAAGGGAAUGAAAAUCAAAGAAUAUACGAAACCUGAAAAUCAAAUGGGACUUACUACCUAUUAAGGAUUGCAAGAGAAGAAAUUUCUUGAUGACUCUUAAUUUGAUUGA